AAGCACAGGGAAAAAUCCACGGGUCUCCCUUUCAUUUUCCUUUCUACAAGCGGGAUUUUAAAUACGACGACGUUUGACUGAACUCAUACGCAUUGGCGGGAAAAUCACAUCCCUCAAUCACUCACCACUAACCACUGAGAAAAUUAGGGUUCCAAAAAAUCAAAACCCUUUUCUUUUACGAUCAAAAAUCAAAACUUGAUACAAAUACAAACUCUGGAAGAAGAAUAGUAUUGAUCCAUUUGCAUAUGCGGUUUCAAGAGAAAAAUGCCGACAUACAAGAUCAGGGGAAUCGACGUUGAUUUCCCGUAUGAAGCCUAUGAUUCUCAGCUUGUUUACAUGGAAAAAGUCAUGCAAUCGCUUCAGGAGAAAUGUAAUGCCCUGUUGGAGAGUCCCACGGGAACUGGAAAAACACUAUGUCUUCUAUGUGCCACCUUAGCCUUUCGGAAAAGUUUCGGUAAUUUCUCAACUGGUUUGAACAUCACAGUCAACGAUGUGGGUAAAAUUGAGAUUACAUCAUCAAAUUCUGGUGCCGGCUUUCCUGUAAUUGUAUAUGCUUCACGCACCCACAGCCAGAUACGUCAAGUAAUUCAAGAGUUGAAACGGACAUCUUACAGACCUAAGAUGACAGUUCUGGGUUCUCGGGAGCAACUUUGCAUUCAUGAUAAAGUGAAGUUACUUCGUGGAAUAACACAAUCAACUGCUUGUCGAUCUGCCUGUCGAAGGAAAGAUAUGUCGAAGCCUCGAUGUGGCCAUUUUAAUAAAGUUCUUAGUUAUUUGAAGCGCAAUCCUACUAUUGGAGAAGAGCCUGUCGAUAUAGAGGAUUUGGUCAAUAUUGGCAAAACAUCUGGGUCGUGUCCUUAUUAUUUAUCAAAAGAGCUCCACCAGGCUGUUGAUAUAAUAUUCGCUCCAUACAACUAUCUUAUUGAUCGAAGGAAUAUAAAAUCUCUAGAAUUUUCUUGGAGAGAUAGUAUAAUCAUAUUUGAUGAAGCUCACAACCUGGAAAGCAUAUGUGCUGAAGCAGCCUCCUUUGACCUGCCUUCUUGGCUUCUAACAGCUUGCAUUUCAGAGGCUCAAAGUUGUGUUGACUUUUUAAUAGAGACAAGAAAUAAAUCAACGUCACACGAACAAGAUGAUUUUGCUAUCCUUAAAGCACUUCUUCUAAAACUUGAAAAGCGUAUUGCUGAGGUUUAUAUUGAAUCUAAGGAGUUGGGGUUCACGAAACCCGGGCCAUAUAUGUUUGAACUUAUGGCUGAUCUUAAUAUCACACACACUACUGCUGCUGAUCUUAUGGAUAAAAUCAAAGAUGCUUCAGAUCUCCUCGAGGAGAAAUCAACUGGCACAAUCUGCAGAUUGGAAACUAUCAAGGAUAUUCUGGACAUUAUUUUCAGGGAUGGAGGAACUUCUCAUGCUAAAUACUAUCGUGUUCAUGUGAAGGAGGCUGAGGCUUGGUCUGCCAAUGGUUCUAAAGGCUCAAGGACACUCAGCUGGUGGUGCUUUAAUCCAGGAAUAGCUUUGGAAGUAUUUGCCAAGUUUGGGGUUGGAUCAAUUAUAUUGACAUCAGGCACAUUAUCCCCUUUGGACUCUUUCGCCGGGGAACUGAAAUUAGACUUCCCCAUUCGGCUGGAAAAUCCACAUGUAAUAGGGCCAAAUCAGAUAUGGGCUGGAGUUGUGCCGGUUGGUCCUUCAGGUCGUACUUUUAACUCCUCUUACCGAACUCGUGAUACGAUGGAGUACAAGCAGGAGCUUGGAAAUGCAAUUGUAAAUUUGGCUCGAAUUGUUCCUGAUGGACUUCUUGUAUUCUUCCCAUCUUAUUACCUUUUGGAGCAAAGCAUUGCGUGCUGGAAAAGCUUGGUAAGCGCUAAUGAAAAGUUAAAUUUGUUUGCUCUUGGUUCAUUUAGCCUUGUGGUUUGUUGUUUUCAGAGUAAUGAAAGUUCAGCAUCGAUAUGGGAAAGAAUUUGCAAACACAAAAAACCAGUUAUAGAACCUAGGGAAUCUUCACUGUUUGGUUCAUCAAUGAAGGACUACUUAACUAAGCUGAACGACUCCACUGUAUCUGGAGCUGUCUUUUUUGCUGUGUGUCGUGGGAAGGUAAGCGAAGGAUUAGAUUUUGCAGAUCAUGCAGGUAGAGCUGUAGUAGUUACUGGUUUGCCAUUUGCCACAAGCACUGAUCCUAAGGUUCGUCUAAAACGCGAAUACUUGGAUCAACAAUCUGGGGAACAAGGAGAGUCAUUUAAGGUUUUAACUGGAGAUGAGUGGUAUAACCAACAAGCCUCCCGAGCUGUGAAUCAAGCUGUUGGACGUGUAAUUCGCCAUCGCCAUGACUAUGGAGCAAUUAUUUUCUGUGAUGAAAGGUUUACACAACCUCAUCGCCAAUCCCAAGUCUCAAAAUGGAUACAGCCUCACAUCAAGUGUUACUCAAGAUUUGGAGAAGUUGUUUUUACUCUAACUCGUUUUUUUCGAGAUGGACGAACUCAAGGUCCUACAAAGCUGUCACUAUUAGAAGCUGAAAAUGGUGGGAACAUAGGAGAAAUGUCAUCAUCAGAGCACUUUAUGGACAAAUAUCACAUGGAAAAACUUCUGUCACCUCUGACUACACCGGUGGCUCCAGAUUGCACUUUGAAAGCUUCAUCUUCAGUUGAUACAAAAACGGGCUACACUUCCUUCUUGGGGGGAAUUCUGCCUGCCAAUCGCUCAUCUUUGUCGGCUGACCAUAGGAUGGUUGUAGGUUGUGCCAGUUCAAGUGAUAAACGCGAGAUAGUUCUGCAUAAAAGGAGGACUGUGCUGUCACAAGAACAUGACAGGUUUGAUUUGGCUGAUAGUUGUCAACUGGGUGAAAAAUCAAGGAAUACGCUGAUAGCAUAUGGUUUCACCAAGAAGCGUAGAUUUAUAGCAGGAGAGUAUGACCUAAAGCAACAUUUUGGAAAUUCUAAUGAGCAAUCAUCAUCAGCUAGUCAAAAUGCUCAAGGUGAUAUAGAUCUGCAAUGUAAAGAUAAUGUGACCUCUCAGAGUAGAAGUUCUGAGCUUCUUAAACAAAAUCUUCCUGCUGAUUCAACACCUUCUACUGCUGAUGGAACCCAAGGAUCAGCAUUCCUUGCUCAGGUCCGAGAUAAACUCAGUGCUGCCGAAUAUAUAGAUUUUGUGGGUUAUAUGAAAGCGCUCAAGACCAAAACACUGAAGAUUGGUGAAGUUUUACUAAGCAUUUCUAGGCUGUUCUCUGGACCUGAGAGGCGACCUCUCCUCGAAAGGUUCAAGGAUUACGUCCCAGCAAAAUAUCAUUCUUUGUAUGAGCAAUAUGUUGAUGGAAAGGAUUGAAAGUGCCCUGCUCAUGACUGUCACUUAAUAAUUUUUCGGCUAAAAAAACUCAGGUAUACUUUUAUGGCAUAGUGUCACUGUCACACAUAGAAUAUGUUGGAUAGGGUCAUCUGGAGAUUUAACAUUGACCAUGUGAUCUGGGUGGAUCAGGAGACCUAAUACUUCUGAAUGACUGAAUAUGCAUCAAAAGAAUGGUCAUGGAAUUUCUUUGGCCGAGUGGCGAAUCAUUAUGGAACGGAACCAUGCUCCUUGGUAUGUUCCCCCUAUUACCGGCCUGUGGUAAUAUAUAUCCAUUUUUUAAAAUGUAACUCGGGAAACCGAUUUUGGCCAAUAAUCCAUCAAGAUUAUUUAUCUGUAUUUUAUUGUACAUGUAGCCAGUGAACAUUGUAUUGCACAGAUAAAAUGAUGUUAUAAGUUUUCAAGUUUUACUUUGUAUUGUUACUUAAGUUAUUCAAGGCAUGGAGUGUAAACAAUAUGCUGAAAAUGCAUUACAGUCAAACAUAUUCUUUA